ACCGUCUCCACCCAAAGCCACCAUCACUACAAAGUGCCACAUUUCCUCAUUUUCAUUCUCUGCCCACACUCCGCACACCUGCUCACCUUUUACAUAUCCAGCUAUACUUCAAGCUUUAGGCUCUUUAUCUAUUUAAACUGGGCACAAACCAUCCUGCACACACACACUGGGGUUCUCAGGUACAUUUCCUAACUUCUGAAGGAGCAAGCAACAAUGGCGCCUUCAGUUCUCCAGAACGGUGGAUUCAUUUUGGGCUUGAUUGGUGCAGCGGCCCUCAUCGCAGCUACUGCCAUGAACAAAUGGAGUGUGAAGGACAGGCAGGGGGACGUGGUGACGUCUGUUUACACCUACAAGGGUCUGUGGCAGGACUGUGAGACGGCUUCCUCAGGAUUCACCGAGUGCCGCCCGCUCUAUGGCCUCCUGGGCUUCUCAGGUGCCUUCCAGGCGGUGCGAGCCCUGAUGAUCGUGGGCGUGGUGCUGGGCGUCCUCGGGGCUGUGAUAUCAGUUUUCUCCCUGACCUGCCUCACAAUGAACAGCAUGGCAGAGUCCACCAAGGGCAAGAUGAGCCUCACCGCUGGCAUCAUGUUCAUCAUCGCUGGUGUGUGUGGCAUCGCAGGAGCUUCUAUCUACGCAAGUCAGAUUGUGGCCAGUUUCAGGAUGUCCACCUACAACAACUACAAUGGAGGGAUGGGUGGAGGAAUGGGUGGAGGAAUGGGUGGAGGAAUGGGAGGAAUGGGAGGAGGAAUGGGAGGAAUGCCCACAUACACGUUCGGCCCUGCACUGUUUGUAGCCUGGAUCGGAGGAGGCGUCCUGUUCAUUGGAGGCAUCCUGAAGUCACUGGCUUUCAGAGAAAUGGUGAAAGAUGAAAAACCGAGUUACCCAGGGGUUGUUUACAAACCUCAGACCCGCACCAAAACCGACCUGAGUGAUCGCCAUUCAGAGGGCGGCAAGAAAGAGCAGAAUUAUGUCUAACAACUUGUGUUUGCUAAGGCGUGUCCUUUUAACUCUUCACAUGCAGCAUGCUUUGUGGGAUGUUUUUUUUUUUUAGUUGCCUUAUAUACGGAUUCAAUACUACUUCUUUACUAUUUGAUAUUGAAGUCAAUAAUAGUCUCAUCCUGACAGCAGUUCACUAGGUGUAAUAACAAAGGAUUUGUGGCAAAAUAUUUAGUUUCAUGUGUACAUCUCAGUGGUUACUAGAUAUUUAUAGAUGCUGUAUGUAAUUGAAUCUUUUUC